GUCCCGGCGACAUGGCGGCUCGGCUGCUGCGGGCGCUGCUCGGGAGCCGCCGGUGCCGCCUCUGCUGCCCGCCGGGGAGCUCCGGCCGCCGCACAGACACCAGCUCUCUGACUAAACAAGCUGAAGCAACUAUUGCUACAGACUGGAAAAAAAAAUUGACUCCAGAGCAAUUCUAUGUUACAAGAGAAAAAGGAACUGAACCGCCAUUUAGUGGGAUCUAUCUGGAUAACACUGAAUCAGGAAUAUACUACUGCGUGUGCUGCAAUGCCCCACUGUUCAGCUCAGAAAAGAAGUACGAUUCUGGGACUGGAUGGCCAUCGUUCUCUGAGGCUUAUGGUACUUGUGGCAGAGAUGAAAGUAAUACCAAUAUAGUGAGACAACAAGAUAACUCAUUGGGAUCAACUAGAACUGAAGUCAUCUGCAAACAGUGUGAUGCCCAUCUAGGCCAUGUGUUCGAUGAUGGUCCCAUACCUUCUAGGCAAAGGUUUUGUAUCAACAGUGUUUCAUUAAACUUCAAACCGGGCUCUGGUCAGUGAGAAGUGGAUCUCUGUGGGUUACAGAACAUCCUUUCACUGUUCAUACAACAGGCUUAUGAAAAACUCUCUUAAUAAACAGAACUCAAAUUUUAGUAUUUAUGCCAUUGCAGCUUUGCUUUCCAGCUAUUAUCAGUGUUGAUAAAAUACAUAUUUUUGUGGUAACUCUCUGGCAGUCUGCCUUUUCAUGGUUAGUGUGAUGUAAGCUUUGAUCUAUUUAUUGUAUUUUUUUAAUUAAAAAAAAAUAUGUAUGCAAUAGUUCACUCAUAGCUAUCAUAAUCAAGUGUACUGACACUGCUGAAAUUAAGUGCUCUCCUGAACUUGACUUUGACUAUGCUGAACAGUAGUUGUGGCACCCAGGAAUACAGGUGUACAUGGCUGAUCAUGCCAGAGCUUUUACUUCUUCAAAACCAUUGUAUUCUUCUGAAGGGAAACAAAAAUAACAUGAAUCUCCAAACAAGGUUUGAGGGGGGGGGGUUCCCCUGAUGUGAGAGACUUUUAGCCAAGCCAAGUGACUUUUCCAUGAACCCAUAAAAGCAAAGUCCUGAAAGAAGGCCUAAUUAAAACUAUUCCAGGCAACAGAGCCAGGGGAGACACGGAGUCUUUCUUCUUUUAAAUCAAUUUGAUUCUGUGUCCAAUAGCAGAGCUGAAGUAAGGUUUGCUCAAAGAACUUCCUCUUACAGAAAUAAUAUGAUAAUAAUGUAACAAUCAGUGUAAUACCUCCAGACUUCUGUCAUCACCUGUGUAUUUCAGAAUCUGAAAAUAAAAAUUAAUGUGAAAUUUACUGUAUUUGGAGGAAAAAAAAAUCAUCAUCAAAAAACACGUUCAGUUUUUUGUGAAGUGAUGCUUUUGUUAAAAACGUACCUUGUCUGUUCUUCUUUGUACAAGUUUGUAAAUAUUUCUGUAUUCUCCCAAGCAUUAUCACCAUGGUUUGCUGUAACAGGAAAAUAAAUGGUAUGGUUGUUAAAUUGA